CCGUCGUUCCCAUUGAUUGAUUAGUCUUCUUCUUCUUCUUCUCUCUCUCUAUUUCUCUCUCUUAAGAGCCGAUGAUAAACGACGGCGGUUAUCACCGGAACUGAGGGAAGUUAGCUGGACAUGGCGGGUGAAGAUGUUUCGAGAAAUUUCCGAGCUUUGGUGGAGAACGCAGACCGGAAAUUCGCGAGAGUUCGCGAUCUCCCAACGUUUGGAAGAGCACAGAGUCACUACUUCCACAAGGUAUUCAAAGCUUAUAUGAAGCUAUGGAAUUAUCAGCAAUCUCACAGGUCGAAGCUGGUCGAGUCCGGUUUAAACCGAUGUGAAAUCGGCGAGAUCGCGAGCCGGAUUGGUCAGCUUUACUUUAGUCAGUACAUGAGGACUAGUGAAGCUAGGUUCCUUCUUGAGUCUUAUGUCUUCUACGAAGCGAUUUUUAGGAGGAGGUACUUUGAAGGAGAAGCUCAGGAGGGGAAAGAUCUUGGUGCUCGUUUCAAGGAGUUACGUUUCUAUGCGAGGUUUUUGCUUGUUUCUUUGAUUGUGGAUCGGAAAGAUAUGGUUUUGCACUUGGCUGAGAAGCUUAGGGUUUUGGUUGAUGACAGCAAAUCUAAUUUCAGGGAGACAAACUUUAAGGAGUGGAGGCUAGUUGUGCAAGAGAUCACUAGGUUUAUACAAUCUGAUACAGACUUAACUUAUGUCAGGCCUCUACGUUACUGUGCAAUGCUUGAUUCUUAUCCAGCUUCUCAGACAUAUCUAGCUCGGUUUCACGCUAAGAAAUUGUUCAAGUUUCGUGAUGCUCUCUUGGCAAGCUAUCACCGUAAUGAGGUGAAAUAUGCUGAAGUCACGUUGGAUACUUAUAGAAUGAUGCAGUGUUUAGAAUGGGAACCCAGUGGAUCUUUUUACCAAAAAAAGCCUGUUGAAACGAAGGAGAAUGGUUUUGUGAUUGAUCACACUUUAACCUCUGGGCUUAUAGAUAUGAAGUUAGCUGCUGAUAUGGCUGAUCCAACAUUACCUCCUAAUCCUAGGAAAGCAAUUCUUUAUCGCCCCUCAGUAUCCCACUUGCUAGCGGUCUUGGCAAUGAUUUGUGAUGAGCUUUCUCCAGAGUGCGUGAUGCUUAUAUAUUUGUCAGCUUCAGGUGGUCCUGCUCGUGAAAAUGUUGCGCAACCAGAGAACUCUGUUGGUUCAAGCAGAACAUCAAAAAGUAAGCUGCUUGCUCGAGCCUCCCAAGAACAGAAAAGUUACAAGUCAGAACCACAUAGUAAUGGAAAAAUGUUGUCUGGUGAUUAUUAUGAGGAUCAUCUCUGGUUAGGUCCUAGAGGAGGCUCUGGCUCAAACAACCUUUACCCUGGUGACCUAAUCCCUUUUACACGAAAACCGCUUUUCUUGAUCAUUGAUAGCGACACUAGCCGUGCAUUCAAGGUUCUGAGUGGAGCAGAGAGAGGCGAGCCUGUUGCUAUGCUUCUUUCACCUCUGAAGCCAUCAUUCGAGAACCCAUCUACUGAUGAUACGGACGCACUCAACGGAAGUCAGUUUACCUUUUUCUUAACAGCACCUUUACAAGCAUUCAGUCAAAUGCUGGGCCUCUCAAACUCAAACCCCGACCCGGAAGUUUAUGAUGAAGCAGAGAGCAUACUUUCUGCUUCCUUCUCAGAGUGGGAAACGAUUCUGUUGACUUCCAAAGUCUUGAAUCUUGUCUGGGCACAAGUCUUGCCUGAUCCAUUCUUGAGACGGCUGAUUCUAAGAUUCAUAUUCUGCCGGUCUGUACUCACAUCCUUCAGCCGCACAGAGGAUGAUGAUGACCCGUAUUUACCUCAGUGCCACCCGAACCUCCCAGAGCUGCUCUCACCGGUAUCAAAACCGGUGCAGUCCUCAGUACAACGACUAGCUGAUCACUUGGGUGUAGCCAAAUCUUUCCACUUCAACAAGACAUAAAUUUAGAGAAAAAUCCCAUGAGCCUAGGUUGUUUGUUCGUUUUUUAAAUUAUAUAUAGAAAAAGUCUGUAUUUUUUUUUUUUAGGGUAUAAAGAAAAGAGAAUUGUAAUUUGGGGAGUUUAAUUUUUUAUUUUGAUUUGAUGAUUCUUUUUAGUUUUUGGUCCUUUUGUAAAAGAAGAUUAGAGAACAAGGGGUAAUAAUAUCAUUAGUCUCUUCUUUAGGAUGAUGGGUUUGCUGCU